UCGAACGAAGCGUAGCUGAUGCGCGCUCCUUCCAAAUGACCCGGCGACAUGUAGGAAUUGAUGGCGUAAAGGUGCAUGCGGUCAUGUACUAUCGGCCAAGGAUGCGAGCCUUGAGGUCGUGCUGCAUCCAUCGCUUUUCCGAGAACGCCAAAAUACUCCAACUAUGGCUGAAUCUGACCCGACCUGACCUCGCGCGAGAAAAGAAAAGUGGGCCGUGUCCGAACCUAGCUUGGCAACAGCAACAACACCAACACCAGCAGCAGCAGCAGCAGCAGCAGCAAAGAUCCUCCAGGGACAUUGCCCGUCUGAAGGAGGAGAUUCUUUGUGAUCGGUGGGCAGGUCUUUCCGGCUCCAGAAAGUAUCUGUCAGUUGUUACCAUGUCUGACAAUAGCGUUGGGGUGAUGCCGAGUCGAGGGUCGAGUCGUACUCGUAGAGGUCAUCUCCUGGCUCCUUGGGGUCGGGCCUCGGGCUCCCUCGAAAAUACGUACGGCUCGUUGAGAACUACAAGAAACACCUCGGACGACGACGACGACGACGACGAGAACGAAACCAUAAAUGAUAUUUGUUGCAGAGAACUUAUUUGGCUCUAGUGACUGAACAUCGUGAUUUCCAACCACGAGCUAUCGGAUCGCGAUUCCGGUGCUGGUCCACACUCCAGUUCCGUCCCCAUGUCUACAUCUACUUCUACUUCCACUUCCUCUACCCCUCUACUUCCUCUACUCCUACACGCUACUUUUCCCCGAUGAACGUGACCUGCUCCUGCUCCCCCACCAGCCCAACCGCAGCAGCAGCAGCAACAACAACAACAAAGCAACUUGGACCUUUUACUCCUCCCUCCCCCCAUCUGCUUUACCUCCUCCCGAUCGACCACAAACAAAAUCCACUUCCUCGUCUUCUGGCCCCAUUCCCUCCCUCCACCCCACUCCACGAACAAUGGAGGAGAAGAAGAUAGCCGAGAUCAAAGGCAGAUCCACCAGCAGGCGGCAGCAGCAGGAGGCAGGCAGGCAGGCAGCGAGCGAGAGGGCCCAAGAGAAAGAGAAAGAAAGAGAGGGACAGAGAGAGAGAGAGAGAGAGAGUGAGCAGCAGCAGAAGCAGAGGAAUUUCGCGUCUGCCCGUCAUCGACGUCUGGCUCGAUGUGGUCCUGCGCGCGCACAAUUGGCAACAGCCGGAACGAGCCGAGCCGAGCCGAGUGGAGACGGCGGACGACAUCCCACCUCCACCACCACCGGACCACCGGUUGGUUGGAUUGUUGGUUGGUUCGUUGUGGAGUAGUUCGUAAUAAUUACGGAUAUGGUAGCGGGGGGUGGGGGCGGUCAAAUUAUUCGUCCACAUCAACAGUCCAGUCCAGACCUGUGCGCAACCAUGGUCCGCUCGGUAACCAUGGUUCCGGCGGUCCGGUUGGGGUCAGGUCGGGUCGGGUGAGGAUGGCAUGGAGAUUCUCAUGAUCCUCUCUGCAACAAAUCAUGACGAUAUUGCACUGACAGCGACAGACGAGGCCAGAAAAUAAUUCUGGAAGUUGGAACUUCACCACCUACUGAUAUCCCAUCCCGUCCCGUCCCGUCCCAUGGCUCCGCUGCUGGCUGGCUGGCUGGGCUUUGCUCCAUUACUUCCUCGGAUUCCUCCUCAUAUCCCUACCCCUGCUGAAUCCCACGGGUCUCGGGACUCAGACAUAGACGUCUCCGGCAUUCAUUGGCCCUCGCUCCAGGGUUCGUCCCCUUGUCCAGUUUGAACGUCGUCGUUGUCGUCGUCGUCGUCGCUGGACCUGGACGUCGACUCGUUCCUUGAGCUUCCUUCCUUGCUGCCUGCCCGCCCGCCCGCCCGCACUCAUUACACUCCUCGACUCGAGUCCACUCGAGUUUUCUGUAAUUGUUAAGCCUUGGGCGGUACGAAAGUUCGUAACCAUUUGGGAACACAAUGAUUGAGGUGAAAACUCCAGAGGCUGUUUCCGGACGCCUCCGACGGCAGGGAAUGGAUAGUUCAGGCCCGCAGGGUCCUCCUGGCUGGCUCGGAUCUCUGCCCUUUGUUUUCAGGUGUUGUUGCGACCAAGUUUGAUGAGCUUUUCAGAAAAUAACCUCCACAGUUUUGAAAUUGCGCUCAUUUAUUGCAGCCAUUCAUUCGGUUCGCUCUUGUGCAUGCUUCGUGCAUUUUCCAGUUCCCCUCGAUUCCAGAUUCUGUUUCGGCGUAUGGCACGUUCACGACGUAUGUUGUCUGGGAAAUCAACCGCGGUUCUUUUAUUUUGGACGACGAUUUUAUUAUUUUAUCGGCCAGCACGUUGAAUAAUUAUUGACCAUCAGAGAGAGAAUGCUCACAUGAGAAGUUUUAAUAUUAUCGAAAUGUUGGAUAAAUCCUUCAUUUUUAAAACUCGAACAUUGUGCAUGCAUAUGCAUAUGCAUAUAUUAUUUGAAGCACCAACUGCUUUUUCAAAAUGGUAUGUCAAGAAUCUGCUAAUUAGACGGUGUAGUGUGGUUUUGAGAACAAUCAGCGUUCUUUCCCCCUUUAAAUUGGCCUUCUUUCGUCUUCUGCCUCUGUUUCUUCAGUGCGUCCGAGUCGAACCAGUCACGAGAAUAGACAUACAGCAUCCAGUAUAAGAAAAAUCCUGAGCAUCAUGAGCUGAAAAUGAUCUUCCAAUCUAAAAUUUGGUAGACUACGUGUAUUUGCACGCUCUGCUCUAAGAGUCUGUUAUGCGAAGUCGUGUUUGCGCUUGGAGAAUUUCAACACACACGAUGACGUUUCACGUUUUUUUUGAAAGCUCGAGUCAUCCUAAUUUAGACAUUUAGAUGUCUACAUUUGAUUUACAGAUUUUAAUUUGAGUUGAUUUGCUCGUCUACAAAAUGAUCGAAAAGAUCAAAAAUAUAGUAUUUUUCAAAACUGUACAACCGCACUGAUGUGGAAAAUCUGAUAUCAAGAGGAUAUUGGAUGUUAUUGCCUAUUCUUCCUUCAACUG